AGAAGAGAGCAACAAAGCAGCUGGAGCCUUAAGAGCUGCAACUACAGACCACACCAUGCGGUUCAACACGAUGUUCUUCCUGCUGAUCCUAUCCUCUCUCUGCCUCGCACUGGCGCAAAUGACCUAUGAAGACUGCUGCUUUAAGUAUGUAAAACAAAUGAACCCGCGCAUUCAAAAACACGCAGUGGAGUACAGACGUCAGGUGUUAGAUGGAGGCUGCAACAUCCCUGCUGUAAUCUUCACAAUGAGGAAGGGGCGUGAGCUGUGCACGGACCCCAGAGAGAGAUGGGUAAACGACCUGGUGAAGAAGAUUGACAAAAGGGCACUCAGAAAUGACCACAAUAAAUCAAAGAAGCACCAACAGCCGAACAGAAACUGAGGGCAAUCCGCCUGCUACGUUGGCCCCCCGGGUAUAUUUCAUCCAUCUGCCAGAUAUUAUCAUUAAGGCUUGGUUUUUAUGGAGGUUUUAUGGUGUCUUACUGUAAGUCAGUCAGGGUGGUUGGCCAAUGAAAUCUUGUAGCAUUACUUUUGCUUUCACUCUGCACUAAGAUAAAGGUCAAAGCUUGGGUAGAAUCGAGCAGCACUAUGUUGUUCAGGAAUUAACUGCUGGUGCCGAGUUGCCACCAUUUAAAUACAUAAAUGCCUUCAAUAGCAUGGCUGCUUCAAUGACAAUAUUUGUUUCCUUGCCUUUUAAGACACAAGGUAUUCAAUAAGCUGUUUAAUUACUGGUGAUAAUAUUAGAUAUAUCUGUAAUAUUCUUUGCAUGAAUGUCUAAAUGUCCAUCAAAUGCUUGUUAUGCAAACACAAAUUGUUAAAGGUAAAUGUCUCUGAAAUGUGUAUCAUAGAAAAGGAGAACUCUUGUCUUAAUUUUUUCAAAAUAUUUUUAAUGUCUAUUUUUUCAUACAUGUAUCAUUAUAGGUUUAAGUUUGUGUUCCCAUAAAAACAUUAUUACAAUAAACUUGCUUAUCC